GGCACCCAACAAACAUCCGAAAAGUGUUAAUUUUGUAUGAAUACACAGGUUACGCGCUGUCGAAAAACAAAAACCGGACUAUAUUUCAGUAUCGUGACAUACGAAAACCGUUAAAGACCAUGUGAAAAGUGGUACACCAGUUCAGUUAUGUGUAGUUGUAGGUUUGUACUUGUUAUUUUUGUGACUAUCAGCUGUGCAAAAAUAAUAAAAGGUGAUGGUCGAGUACCCAACCCAUACUUUCAUUUUCCUGGAGGAUCAGAUGCCUUUAUGGGGUUGAUUGCUACUUUCGCAGUUCCGAUAGAGCUAAAAGCACCUGGUGAUGUGAUCCUAUCCAUGAUUUUGGAAGCAAACUACAACAUGCCACAGAACCAAACAUCCUUCGAGUAUCCACCAAUUCUUGGAGAAUCGGAGAGGACAAUCAUUUACAAAAUGUUCGAAAGAAAAAUCGAAGAGUUUGGGCAUCCUGGUAAAAAGUGCCUGGAACGAAUAAUUUGUGAGGCUGCACAGAUAUCCACGAAAUCCACUGGAGUUUUAGGAGACAUUGUACAUAUCCUCUUAACGCCUACCUCGUCAAAAGAAGAAAAUCUAGGAGAAUACGUAAAAGCAGAACAAGAUGGCCUGAAUGAGAAGUGCAACAGUUACUACGAAGACUGUCAAUACAGUAUUUUAGGUGCAAUUAGUAAGAUCAUUGAUUUUGUAGAGUCGUUUAAAGAUGUGUCGUGA